AUGAUAUUCUCGUCAUCAAAUCGUCGUCAUUUAAUUCAUGUUUGCUGUUUUACUAUAUUUAUAUUUCUGUUUGAAGCUCUUGCCGGUGGCAUAAAUGUAUUUCCCAUAAAUAAAGUAUCUUCAAAUUUAAUUGUAUUAAUAUCAAAUCCAGUCGAAUAUUAUGGUCUAUUAUUAACAAUUAUUAUUUAUUUUAUACGUUUAUUAUCUCUACUACCUUUGCCAUUAGUUAUAUGUCACACAUGUGGUCUACUUUUUUAUAAUAUAUUUCCCGAUCGACCAGAAUUAUUAAAUUCACCAUUGUUAGGUCCUAAAAUUCGUAUACGGGUUGUAACACGUGGUGAUUAUGCUGAUUUAGUCAAUGCAAAUGUUAAGAGAAAUUUGGAAACAUGUGCUAAAGUUGGUUUAGAUAAUUUUCAAAUCGAAAUUGUAACUGAUAAACAAAUGGUUUUACACGGUUUACCGUUAAAUAUGGUGCGUCAAAUCGUUGUACCAAAUGCAUAUCGAACAAAGUCAGGUGCUCUAUAUAAAUCACGUGCGUUACAAUAUGCAUUAGAGCCUGACGUUAAUCAAUUAGCGUCCAAUGAUUAUAUCGUACAUUUAGAUGAAGAAACAUUACUAACAGAGAAUUCUGUUCGAGGAAUAUUAAAUUUCGUUACUAGUAAUGAAUAUGAUAUUGGACAAGGUCUUAUAACGUACGCGAAUGAAACAAUUGUUAAUCAUAUAACAACGUUAGCUGAUAGUAUGCGUGUUGGCGUUGACCUUGGAUGUUUAAGAUUUUGUCUGAAAAAAUUACAUCGACCACCAUUUUUAUUCAAAGGAUCAUUUGUUGUUUGUCGGGCUGGUUGUGAAUUUGAUGUUGCAUUUGAUAAUGGACGAGCUGGUUCGAUUGCUGAAGACACUUAUUUUGCUAUGUUAGCAAUGUCAAAAAAUAAAAAGUUCGGAUGGAUUGAAGGCGAAAUGUGGGAAAAAAGUCCAUUUACAUUAGGAGAUUUUAUUAAACAACGUAAACGAUGGCUACAAGGCAUUUUACUUGUCGUUCAUGAUCAUCGAUUACCACUUCGGGUACGACUUGGAUUAGGUAUUGCACUUUACUCAUGGGUAACAUUACCAAUAACAUCUUUAAACAUUGUUCUGGCACCACUUUGUCCUAUACCAUUACAUUGGACAUUAAAUUUUCUUAUAAAUUAUGUUGGCGCUGUCAACAUUUAUUUAUAUAUAAUUGGCGCAGUCCGUUCAUUUUCAUUAGUACGUUUGGGCUAUGCACAUUUUACAUUACGCAUCAUUGGUACAUUAGCAACAAUUCCAUUUGUUGUUAUGUGCGAAAUAGCAGCAGUUUUAUGGGGACUUUUUAGUGAUAAAGGAAAAUUUUAUGUUGUCGAUAAACAGUUAAAAUCACCAGUUAAUGUUUAA